AUGCUGUCGCCGGUUACAUCACUCAACGUGGGGGUUUUUCAGACCCUCGAAUCGGUGUCUGAAACCACAAUUCUCAUUCGAGACCAACUGUACGGCGACCACAUAAUUUCCGAGCCCAUAUUGGUCGAGCUACUCCGUUCACCUACUGUCCUCCGACUCACAGGUAUCUGUCAAUAUGGAGUUACAGCAUUAUUAGGCUUCACUCCUAGAGUAACCCGUUUCGAGCAUUCUGUAGGCGCAUUCCUUCUGGUCCGCAAAGUCGGUGCUAGCCUCGAAGAGCAAGUGGCAGCCCUUCUUCACGAUAUCAGUCAUACAGUGCUUAGCCAUGUCGUUGACUGGGCACUUAAAAACCCGCCGGGUGAUGAAAGUGGAACGAGCUUCCACGAAGUUCAUAAAGAACGAUAUAUCAAGACCACACCACUGCCGGAAAUUCUUACGAGGCAUGGAUUUGGAGAUCUGAAGGCUUUCAACGAGGAUCUCUAUCCGUUGGUAGAGAUGCCAUCACCUCAUCUCUGUGCUGAUAGGCUUGACUAUGCGCUGCGAGAUGCCACAGCGCUUGGAAAACUUGCUCUAGACGAUGCGCAACAGAUCUUUGCUACUUUAAAGGCAUUUCCAGACGCAUCGGCUACACGCAGGCUGCUCGUUCUAGAGGACAAGCAUCUAGCUUUGAUCCUGUCAAGGGCAUAUGUGGCGACGGAUAGGGAUGUUUGGUCGAACAGAGCCCAUGUCAAUUUAUACCAGAGGACUGGCCAGCUGAUUGGAGACGUAGUCAGACGAGGGGCUGUUAAGGAGGAAGUUCUAUGGACUGUGUCAGAUCAGGAGUUCUGGGAAUUGCUGCGUAAUUCAGCUGAUUCCAACGAACUGGAGAUACUGAAGCAAUUGGAGUCAGAAGAUCUCCCAGAGGAAGAUACAUUACAACUCCCUCGCGGGGCAAAGAUUCGCACAAUCGACCCUGGUAUUUGGAUACGCGGCACGGAGCAGCCGUCGCCUCUGUCUGUUGUGAGUCCUCAGUGGGCUCUUGAGCGUCAGGAGUAUAUUUCUAGUCGGGAAGCUACAAGAGCGUGA